GUGGCCUUUUUGUUUUGUUGUAGCAGGAAAGUACCAAUAUAGUUCUUGUUUCUACUCGGGACGAAUGGACUGCUACGCAUGUGACCUACGGGUUGGAUCUACGGCUGUCACAGGUUAUGACAACAGUUCGAAAAAUAUUUCCUUGACUCGACUCACAGUAACUAGCUGUACAGUUGCAUAAUCAGUAACGCUAGUUAAACAUUCACAUUAGUACAAGUGGUGCAACUCGUUUAUUGGUUGAAUCUGUCCUUACACAUAGGAGUUUGUGGUCGCCUCGAUUGCAGGCUGCCAGACAUAUUUUAGCGACUGACAAGAGCCAGAAUGCCCGCGUUAAAAUUCUGCGCAAAUAUCUCCUGGUUAUUUACGGAGUUGCCAGAAUUUACUCAGAGGUUGCAGGCAGCUGCAUCCGCUGGCUUUCGAGCAGUUGAAGCAGCAUGGUUAUAUGACUGCGACAUUGCAACGCUUGUCGAGUCGAAGAAACAAACGGGUCUUGAAGUUGUGCUUCUGAAUACUCCUCCGGGGGAUAUGAAGGGUGGUGAUCUCGGUCUCGGGGCCGUUCCGGGCAGAGAACAGGAGUUCAGGAAGGGCCUGGAGCUGGCUGUGCAGUACGCCAAAGCACUGGACUGCAGGAGGAUCCACUUGAUGGCAGGGAGGGUACCUGUGGGGGCGGACCGCACGGCUGUUGCCAUGGAGAUGGAGGCCACCUUUGUACAGAACCUGAAACAUGCUGCAGAUGUCCUCUCAAAGGAAGGAAUCCUGGGUCUGAUUGAGCCGAUCAACACCAGGAUUACAGACCCACUGUAUUUUCUGAACUCUCCUCAUCAGGCGGCUGAUAUUCUGCAGAAAGUCGGUCACUCCAGCAUUAAACUGCAGAUGGAUGUCUAUCACUGGCAAAUAAUGGAUGGAAACUUAACGCAGAACAUCCGGAAGUACUUCCCCCUCAUAGGCCACGUCCAGAUUGCCCAGGUGCCGAGUCGUAACGAGCCGGACAGCGCCGGAGAGCUGAACUUCCCCUACCUCCUCAGCCUGCUGGAGGAGCUGGGCUACCAGGGCUACAUUGGCUGUGAAUACAAACCCAAGGGCUCCACAGUGGAUGGUUUGAAAUGGGUUCAGGAGUACUGGAGCAGACACCAGUGAAGGGAAGACAGUCCAAUGGGCAUUCAGAGGAGACCCGUGGUGGAUAAAAAAAAAAAGUCUUCAUGUGCAAUGGUCUUUUGAGGAUGUAUGAAAUUACAUGAAAACUGUUCUAAGGAUGGAGGACAUAACGCAGUGGUUUUGACAAACCCCUCAGCAUGUGCAUUCAUAUGGUACAUCCUGGGCCUGGAUCAGGUGUGUCAUUACACUGACGCAGGAUUGUCAUAUCUGACAUUCUUGGUUCGAUCAUUCUUUGGCCAGAUGACCAGCAAUGCAGAGGGCUGCCCAUUCCAAUUCCAACAUGUAACAACCAUCAAGCAAGUAAAACAAAAAAACGUCGACCACUACAUAUUUUGGCUAAAUGUCUAUACAUUUCUCUUAAAAUCCGGUCUAAUCUUACAAAUGAAAAAUAAACAAUGUUUUUUUGCACAAA